UUCUGUUUCGGUCGCUCCCUCUGCUCUCGCCAUCGUCGCGGUCCAAAAGUCGUCCAUUCGAAGAGAAGAGACGAAUAGCGUCUGUAAAUAUUUACUGGCAAUUUACCACGCAGAGUGCCUUCUUUCGGCCACGCCACGGCAGAGCUUUGGCAACAUUUCGAGUGGCCGCCACUUCAGUCUUGGUUAAUCACUGCCUGGAAGCGGAGGAUAUCCGGAUAACCCACUUGGACACGUACUUUCGUAAUCAAUCAUUUUAUGGACACACCACACCACAAUGCACAAGGCCAUUAAAAAUAAAUCCAGGCUGCUCUGUGGCCUCAAGAACGCGAAGGCAGAUCUGACAACGGCAAAGUUUAUACUCUAUUACGGACCCACGGUGGCAGAUAGCGAUAUCUAUGAUCUGAAAGACCAUAAGAGUCUAUUGGAGGACGAGAACUUGGACUUGAGCAGGAACACCGUACUCUAUUUGCACGGCUAUCUGGAAGAUCCGGAUGUGGAGAGCAUACAUGUCAUAGCCGAAGCAUAUCUGGAACGCAAGGACACAAAUCUGAUUGUCCUCGAUUGGGGAGAGCUGGCCGAUGGCAAUUAUAUAUUCGAUGCCAUGGUGAAUGCCAAACAACUGGCACCCGAACUGGCCAAGGUCCUGCUAGAGAUGUUUGACCACGGAUUGGAUAUUGAAAAAUUGCAUAUAGUCGGCCACUCGAUGGGUGGACAGCUAGCCGGAAAUAUCGGUCGGGAGAUAUAUAAACGCACCAAAGGUGUUCGAAAGAUAAAAAGAAUUUCCGCCCUGGAUCCUGCCUUCCCAUUGUACUAUCCUUUGGGGGCACACUUAACUUCCAAUGAUGCCGAAUUCGUGGAUGUGAUACACACAGAUGCUUGGCUUUAUGGCGCCCCUACGAGCACGGGUACGGCGGAUUUCUGGCCCAAUGGCGGCAAUAGCCUACAGCCCGGCUGUCCCAAGCGGAACUACAAAAUGCUCAGCGAUAAUGAUCUGUCUAGCCAUCGGCGUAGCUGGUGGUUCUGGGCCGAAAGCGUCUCGGAUCGCUUUCCGAUAAGAUUCGAUGCCGUGCCGUGUAGGAGCUGGUCGGAUUUCAAGCAAAACAAAACAGUGGAAACUUGUCCCCCCGUGGUGAUGGGUCAUCACUGUCCCACAUCGAUUCAAGGCAACUUUUACUUACAAACGAAUGGACAAACACCUUUUGCCAGGGGCAAGGAAGGUACAAUUUAUGUGGAUCCCAAGGAGCUUCUGGAAAAUACCCAUGGCUACUCGUGCGAGCCGCGCCACUCAAUCAAACCUGUUUGAUUGUGUUUGUUUAAGGAUUCUUUUACAUUUAUAAAAUGUAUCGGAAUCUACUCUUCGCAUCACAAGAAUAAAUACUUAAAUUUUGUUGUUGACCAUAAAA